AUGGACGCGUUCGCGUCCGAGGAUCGUUACAAUGAGUAUUCUUUGCAAGCUGACUAUAACGAGUACGGAGCGCGGGACGCUACGGGGGAUGAUUCGCAUGAGCAUUUUCACGAUGGUUACGCGUACGAGGGUAACGAUUAUGAUCAUUCAGGCUAUGAUAAUCCUGCUGAUGAGCUGUACGGUGAUCAUCAUGACACGUGGCACGAGCAACCGCAGAUGCCACAGCACCAACAGCACCAGCAGCAACCCCAGCAGCAGCAGCAGCAGCAGCAGCAGCAGCAGCAGCAGCAGCAGCAGCAGCAGCAGCAGCAGCAGCAGCAGCAGCAGCAGCAGCAGCAGCAGCAGCAGCAGCAGCAGCAGCAGCAGCAGCAGCAGCAGCAGAAACAGCAGAAAGGAAGGAAGGUCAAAGUAAAGGCCUCAACGCAGCAAGCUGUUUCACGGAGCAGAAGCACCGAGGAAACUAUAAGAGGGGGGCCCGGUGAAAGGUACAAGGAGAGGGGACGGGGUCGACACAGGGAUAGUUAUAACGACAUGGAGUAUAUAAGAGACGAGGAGAGCGGAGAAGUGGAGGAGGAGGGAGACGACGUUGGUGUAUCCGGAGGGGAGGACUUCAAUAAUGGGGAUGGCGGGCUUCGGGCAGGGGUGCGUGAGGCUGGGAAGCGAGGGUCUAGAGGGGGGAGUGGAGGUGAGGGAAGUGCUUAUAAAGGGCGGGAGGAUGGCGACUUGUUCGGUGGAGAUGGUAGGCACGGCGAGGGAUGGGAAGUGGUGGACGAGGGGCAGGAGGACGAGGAGGGAGAGGAAGGUGUGGGAAGGGAGAAGGGCGGAGGAGAUGAGGAGGAGGAGGAGGAGGAGGAGGAGGAGGAGGAGGAGGAGGAGGAGGAGGAGGAGGAGGAGGAGGAGGAGGAGGAGGAGGAGGAAGGGGAAGUGGGGGGAAGGAGAAGGACCAGGGAUUCAAAAGACGGUUCUCUUGAAAAUGGCGGAGUGUACUGUGGUGCUGUCUAUAACGAGCAUGACGAGGACACUUAUGAUGGGUAUGGGGGGGAUAGGAGAGGAGGAAAUAGGGGGUUUGGGGGAGUUGGAGAGGAGGGAGAGGAGGAGGAGCAGGAGGAGGAGGAGGAGGAGGAGGAGGAGGAGGAGGAGGAGGAGGAGGAGGAGGAGGAGGAGGAGGAGGAAGGGGAGGAGGAGGAAGGGGAGGAGGAGGAUUUUAAACAGCACAGACAGGCUCAAAAGGAGGCUGCUUUGCAGGGACAGUCACAGGGGCACUCACAGGGGACCGCACAGGGGCAGGCACAGCUAUCAGUGUGUGACGGGAUGCGGGCGGUGGGAGGGGUAGGGGAGGAUGAGAAGGCACGGUGGGCAGAGAAGUGUGCUUCGCGGCUGAAGGAAUGGGAGAGAGAGGAGGAUGAGGAUGAUGAUGAGGAUGGCGUGGGGGAGAAGAGUGAGGAAGGGGAGGAGGAGGAGAAAGGGGGUGCGGACAUGUAUGGUCAAGACUUGGGGUUUAACCGAGGUGGAGAGAGAGGGUAUGGAGCUAGAGAUGGGAGUUAUGGAGAGGAGGAGUAUGGGAAGGGGGAGCAUGCAGAGGAGGAGUACGGAGGAGAGGGGGAGCGUGGAGCAGGGGGGUAUGGAGAGGGGGGAUAUGCAGAGGGCGGGUAUGCAGAGGGGGGGUAUGCAGAGGGGGGGUAUGGAGAGGGGGGGUAUGGCAGGGACGAGUAUGCGAGUGGAGAGGGUACAGGAGAUUGGGAUGAGGAGCAUGCAAGGGGGGACGCAGGAGGGCAUGUGGGAGGGCAUGUGGGAGGGGAGAUGGAUGAUAUGUACGGGUCGUUUGAUGUGACUGGGGCAGCAUAUGGGAACGGCUCUGGGCGACAUUCGUCGCAUGCGGAGGGGUCCGGUCGAUAUUUAUCGCAUGGGGAUGGGUCCGGUCGGUAUUCGUCGCAUGGAGAGGGGUCGGGUCGGUACUUGUCGCAUGGGGAUGGGUCUGGUCGCUACUCGUCCCAUCAGGACGGGGAGGAGGGGGAAGAAGAGGAGAGGGGGCAGGGGGAGGAGGAAGAGGAGGAAGGGCACGAGGAGGAGGAGCAGGAGUGUGAUGAGUCACAGGUGGCUGGUGCGUCUUACGGGCAGGGUAGCAUUCCUGCUGUAACACCUCGGCGGGCAGGUAGAAAGUCUAUACAGUUCCAAUCCGGGCCUGGGGAUAGUUCUGGGCAGCAGGAGGAGGUUUAUUGCCCUCCCAUCACUCCUGGCCGUGCUGCGGGGGGGAGUGGAGGAAGAGGAGGAAAAGGGAGCGGGCAGGGAGGGAGGCUGAGUGGAGACGAAGGAAGGGGAAAUUACCCACAGCAGCAACAGCAGCAGCAACAACAGGUGGUUUCAGCAGCAGCAGCAGCACAACAACAGUAUGCUCCCACUACCCCUGGACGCUUGAAAAAGCCUGUGGGGGGGAUUCAUCAGCCAAUCACGCCGCGACAUGUGGCUGCUAGAGGUGGAGCGAGUGGUGGGGGUGGUGAGACGAAUGUGAGAUCUCUUAGCAUGAAAAGAGGCGAGGAGCGGAGAGGCGAGAAGGCAAAGGUUGGUGUGGGAGGAGCAGGGCCGAUGGGGAAGAGCGGGCAAGCACAGGGUGGGCGGGAGGAGAGGAGGGGACGGAUACAGAGGCCUAUGGAGGAUGGGGAGGAGAGGAGGGGGCGGCUUCAGAGGCCUAUGGAAGAUGGGGAGGAGAGGAGGGGACGGAUACAGAGACCUAUGGACGAUGGGGAGGACAAGAGGGGGCGGCUUCAGAGGCCUAUGGAAGAUGGGGAGGAGGGAGGGAGGGGGAAGAGGUAUGGGGGUGAUGUUGCUCGGACUCCCAGGAAAGGGGUGGAAGGGAGGGGAGACGGGAGAGGGGGGGAAUGGAGAGGGGGAGAUGGGCGAGCGGCGGAAAGGGAUGGGCGGAAGGGGGAGGGAGCGGAGGGGUAUGGCGGUCUAGCUUUAAAGAGGCAGCUGAGUUUGAAGCUUGCUGUUCCCUCCACUCCCAGGGGAGAGGGCGGGGGGGUUGGCGGCGGGCCUAAGAGCGUGCGAGGGCGAAGUAAGAGCGGCGCGUGGGAGAUGGAGGAAGGCGGGAGGAGAAGAGGAGGAGGAGGAGGGUCAGGAGGAGGAGGGGGGUGGGGAGUGGAGGGAGGGAGCGGUGGGAGUGGAAGGAGGGAGCGUUUAGACGAGUUUGAGGAUCCGUACGGUGGGACGCAGGGACCGGGAGGAGGGGGGCGAGAGCGAAGGUCACGAGGGACAGGGGCAGGAGGAGCAGAGAUGGUUCCUAAAACGCCCAGGGAACACAAUCCCAAGACCCCCAGGGGUGCGGCUGGUAGUGGUGGUGGGGGUGGGGUUGGUGAUAGUGGGUUUUUGCGCACUCGAACGAUGGAUAGAGGAGAGGGGAAGUCGGGUGACAAGGGGGACAGGAGGAGCGCGGACAGAGGAGGAGGGUUCGGGCAGGGGAGGACAGGGGGCAAGGAGGCGAGGGAGCGAGGGGAUCGAGGGGAGAGGGUGCAGGGGGGUGUAUCGGGAGCAGCGCGGAGGAUAGAGGUGACAAAGAGCAUGUCGAGUAAGGACAUGGGGAAGGGUGGCGGCACGGGGAGAGAAGUUAGCAAGAGCACGAGCUUUUCGCUCAAGGCAGCUUUGUUUGGGAGGGAUUCGAAAGAGGGGAAGGGAGGGAAGGAGAAGGAGGGGAAGGAGAAGGAGAAAGAGAAAGGGAGGGAGAAGGAGAGGGAGGGGAAGGAUGGUGGUGGGUGGGCGAGGAGUCGAACGAUGGAUAAUACCGAAGUGAAGAUGCAGCGGCAGCUGAGUUACAAGAGGGGGCCGUUUUGA